CCUAUAAAUUGACUUGCCACCCGUGUCCAUUUUUCCCACCCAACUCCAACCAAACCCAACCAAGUCCCGCGCACGCAAAGAACUCGAGCUAGCUCACGUCCAAACCGACGCGACCAUGGAGGCCGCGCCGUCAACGGCCGCGGUCAUGGAGCGCGAGCGCCUCACGGCCGAGCUAGACGUCGUCGCCGAGGCCGCGGCGGAGCCCAGCAGCUUCGUCGUCAAGAUCCGCCGCCGGCUGCCGGACUUCGCGCGCAGCGUCAACCUCAAGUACGUCCGCCUCGGCCUGCGCUCCGGCGGCAUCCCCGCGCUCUCGUCCUGGGUCCCGCUCGCGCUCGCGCCGCCGCUCCUCGCCGCGGCGGCGCACUCGCUCGUCGGCGUGGAUAGGCUGUACUCGCUCGACCUGCUCACCUGCGUCGCGUGGCUCAGCGCGGCCGUGCUGCUGCUCACCGUGUACUUCCUCAAGCGGCCACGGCCGGUGUACCUCAUGGACUUCGCGUGCUACAGGCCCGGCGACGAGCACUCCAUCUCCAAGGAGGGCUUCCUGGAGAUGACCGAGAGCACGGGCUGCUUCAACGCCGAGGCGCUCGAGUUCCAGACCAAGAUCACCAAGCGCUCGGGGUUCAGCGACCGGACAUACCUCCCACCGGGGAUCCAGGCGCGGCCGCCGCGGCUGUCGAUGGCCGAGGCGCGCGCGGAGGCCGAGGUCGUCAUGUUCGGGUGCCUCGACGCGCUGUUCGCGUCGACGGGGAUCGACCCGCGCCGCGACGUGCGCGUGCUCGUCGUCAACUGCAGCCUCUUCAACCCGACGCCGUCGCUGGCGUCCAUGGUGGUGCACCGGUACAAGAUGCGCGAGGACAUCAAGUCGUUCAACCUCGGCGGCAUGGGCUGCAGCGCAGGGCUCAUCGCCGUGGACCUCGCCAGGGACAUGCUCCAGGCGAACCCCGGGUGCUACGCCCUGGUGGUGAGCACCGAGAACAUCACGCUCAACUGGUACUUCGGCAACAACCGCUCCAUGCUGCUGUCCAACUGCAUCUUCCGCAUGGGCGGCGCCGCCGCGCUGCUCUCCAACAGCCGCGCCGACGCCGGGCGCGCCAAGUACAGGCUCCUCCACACGGUGCGCACCCACAAGGGCGCCGCGGAGGAGAGCUACGGCUGCGUGUACCAGCGCGAGGACGGCACCGGGCGCGUGGGCGUGUCGCUGGCGCGCGAGCUCAUGGCCGUCGCCGGCGACGCGCUGAAGACGAACAUCACGACCCUGGGCCCGCUGGUGCUCCCGCUGUCGGAGCAGCUCAAGUUCCUCAAGUCCCUGGUGCUCCGCCGCGUGCUCCGCUCGCGCGGCGUCCGCCCGUACAUCCCGGACUUCCGGCGCGCGUUCGAGCACUUCUGCGUGCACGCCGGCGGGCGCGCCGUGCUGGAGGAGGUGCAGCGCAGCCUGGGGCUCCGGGACGCCGACAUGGAGCCGAGCAGGUGCACCCUGCACCGGUUCGGCAACACCAGCAGCAGCUCGCUCUGGUACGAGCUCGCCUACGCCGAGGCCAAGGGCCGCGUCCGGCGCGGGCACCGCGUGUGGCAGAUUGGCUUCGGCUCCGGGUUCAAGUGUAACAGCGCCGUCUGGCGGGCGCUCCGCGAUGUGGCGCCCGUGUCCGCCGACGGCACCGGCGGCAGCAGCAACUGCAACCCGUGGGUGGACAGCAUUCAGAGCUACCCGCCGAAAGCAUACAUCUGAGACUGAGCGUCAUCUUCUUUGCGACUGAAUCGCGCCGUUGGAUCAGUUGCAGCUGCACGAGAACUGUAUGAUAAAACGACACACAGGACUAUAAUUUUCGUUUAAUUUGUUUCUUCAUCAUGUAGGAGUUGCUGAAUCUUCUUCUAUUCUAUCUGUUGUGCAUGAAAGACCACAAUGUCUGUAGUACUGUGCUGUGGAUGGGUGAAUGGUUAGGAUAAUGAUACUGUGGAUGAGAUCACUGGGCUGCCUUUCACCUUUCUUAUUAAGUAGAUGUACAAAUCAGAGAUCAGGGGUGCCGUUGGAAGUUGUAACAGAUGCUGGUAGUAAUGUGAAUGCGUGUGUAAAUUAAUUUGCGUUUCCGUAA